AUGAAUCUUCUGUUUCAGGUUCUAAUCUUGUCUGUGAUUGCCGGUGCCACCGCCAAGCCGCAGGGUUAUAAUUUGACUCCGCCUUCCGGCCCAUCUUUACUCCCACGAAGAUGCAGCAACGGACAAGUGUUACAUGUGGACGAUAGAUGCGUUACUCCAAGAGUGAACCGUCGUGUGUUUUUGUAUGAUGUGCCAAGAACUCCCACGCCAGUGGGUCCUCCCCCUUUCAUCCCUGCACCAACCGUGGAGACUAAUCUCUUAUUCAUCCGAACUCCCGAAGGGGGACAAGGGCCAGAUCCCAUCGUUGUACCACCUCCGCAACAGGAGCAUGUAGUAUACAUCCUCAAUAAGCAAUCUGAAGAAGGCCAAAAGGUGAUCGAAGUUCCAGCACCACCACCUUCCGAUCCUGAAGUGUACUUCGUUAACUACGCUGAAGGAGAGAAUCCAACUCUUCCAAGUGGAGUGGAUCUGCAGACUGCCUUGGACGCGGCUUCGGCUGGCAGUGGUCAGGUGGUUGGGAGUUCUGAAGGUUUCGGUAGCGGUGCGGCUGGAGUAAACGGUGGUUUCGGUAGCAGCAAUGGUUUCGGAAGUAGCAAUGGCUUCGGAAGCAGCAAUGGUUUGGGAAGUAUCAGUAGCUUUGGAAGCAUCAAUGGUUUCGGAAGUAUCAAUGGUUUGGGAAAUAGCAAUGGUUUCGGAAGUAUCAGUGGUUUGGGAAGCAGCAAUGGUUUUGGAACCAGUGGUGGUCUUGGAAGCAGUAAUGGUUUCGGAAUCAGCAGUGGCUUUGGAAGCAGCAGUGGAGUCGGGAGCAGCAGUGGUUUUGGAGUCAGUGAUCUUGGAAACAUUAAUGUUUUGGGAAGCAACAUUGCUUUAGGGGGCAGCAGUGGUUUCGGAGCCAGCAGUGGGUUCGGAAGCAGCAUUGGUGUCGGAAAUAGUAACAAUUUUGGAAACAGCGCUGGUUUCGGAAGUGAUAGCGAUUUCACAGUAAACAGCGGUAGAAUCAGUAGCCUUUCAGGUAAUGGACAUGCAUUAACGCUGCCACGUUUGUACACAACACCUUGACAAGUAUUUCAUACAGAAAAGCAGUUGCU